CAGGGGUGGGGGGUGGAUUUGGGGGUGCCAGGGGAUUUUGGGACUCCCCUGACCCCCCUUUUUCCCCCUCCAGCAUUCCAGUUCUCCUACACGGCCGUGUUCGGGGCCUACACGGCCUUCCUGUUCCUCAGGACCGGUCACCUGGCGGGGCCGGUGCUGUGUCACUCCUUCUGUAACUCCAUGGGGUUCCCGGCGCUGGGCGCGGCUCUGGGGCACCCGCGGCGCCGGGCGCUGCUCCCCGCCUAUCUGCUGGGGGUGCUGGGCUUCCUGCUCCUGCUGCACCCCCUGACCGAACCCGCCUUCUUCGGGGCGCGCCCGCCCUGCCGCGACCCCCCCGCCUGCUCCUGACACGGGGAGGGGGCGCCCGCCCCUCCCCAAACCCCCCCCUCUUUUUGUAGGAGCCGCCGCACAGAGUUUAUUUUUGUGAUUAAAGUGGUUUAAGGCUU